GAUUCAAGACAUGAUACCGACUUGUUGUUGUGGUAUGCAAACACUUUUUAUCUAGGAAAUUUUGGUUUCUACAUUGAUUUUUGCCGCUUUCUAGGAUGAAUAACACGUUAAAUAUAUAUCUAAGAAAACUUUGGCCCGAGGAAUGACCUAGAAGUUCAUCGUUUAAGCCAACUCAGGGUGAAGGUGAGAUAGUUUGCAGUUUCCUGUUCGAUGAGGUUUGGGUUUCAUGAUUUGAUAUCUUGACGGUGCCAUCAUGAACUCAAGUGAUGCUUUCCUUCAUCAUUCCUUGAAGGCUUUGAGAAUGUUUAGGAAAGUAAUUUUGCACUAGUCACUGGCACAUUGUACAGUGUACUGCAACGACAGCAUAAUUAGUUUGUGUACUUAAUAAUAUUUCGUCUUGAAUGUUGGCAAUUCACCAAUUUUGCGGCCGCUAUGUUCUUAAACACUUGAAGUGUUUUAACACAAUAGGUAUUUUUAUUUCUUUAAUUUUAUAUUUGCUAAGGAAAAAAGACUCCUAAAAGUCUUCCUGUUGAAUGUUACUUGACAAAAGCAUUCAAAAUAAUUGCUUGUCAUUCUGUGGUUGCAGUAUUUUAUAGUCUACAGUUUACAGUCUUUGAUUAAUUUGAUGAGCUUGUAAGCUUAAAACUCAAGUUAAAAAACUAGGUUUUAGAUAGCUUCCUGUGAAAAUAUUGGAAACCAAAAAAAAACAACAACAACAACAAAAUUGAAAUUCAGGGUAAGAUGAUUUCAACUGAGGUCGAAUCUCCAUUCACUUUGUUUCUUUCAUUAGUACAGCUGUAUAUCUUUCUUAAAAUUUAUACAUGUAUAAUUUUAUACUGUACAUCCGGUUACACAUGCAUCCAUGCACAUGUCCUCAGUCCAGUGAUUUUUUUUUAAACAAUAAAUUUUGCCUUUUUUUUUUCCUCCUAGACUAUGUGCGCCUUCUCAUGGAGGGCAGUCUUGCAAGGGCUAAAUACAGUUUCCAAUCCAGCAGUCCAGAUGAAUUAUCUGUACCCGAGGGAAGUAUCAUAACAGUAACACAAUACAUUAACAAUCACUGGUUAGAGGCUGAAUACAAAGGCAAAAGAGGAUAUUUUCCUAUAAUCUAUGCUGAAAGGAUAACAAAUGAUUCACAACUCCAUACUGAACAGAACGCUAUUUUCUCGGUACCAUGUUUAAAUGGAGAAGAACUUCCAGAAAGUGUAAUAUCUGAUAACUUUCAUCAUCAGGAUUACUCUUCAGGAAAACAAGUUUCUCAUAGCAGUAGUGAAAAUGUUGUUGAGGCUGCAUUUGGGUUUGAUGCCAGAAAUGACACUGAACUGACAUUUCCUUCUGGGGCUCUGCUUGAAGUUACUAAAGAUGUUGAUGAUGAUUGGUUAGAAGGAUCAUUCAAUGGANCAGUAGUGAAAAUGUUGUUGAGGCUGCAUUUGGGUUUGAUGCCAGAAAUGACACUGAACUGACAUUUCCUUCUGGGGCUCUGCUUGAAGUUACUAAAGAUGUUGAUGAUGAUUGGUUAGAAGGAUCAUUCAAUGGAAGGACUGGUCUUUUUCCAAAAAGCUAUGUCAAGUCAUCAAAGAGACCAUGCGCGCGCGCAUUGUAUCCUUUUGUUGGGGAAAGCAUGGGCGAGCUCACAUUUCGUGAAGGCGACUGCAUAUUUCUUCACAAACGAUUAAAUUCACAAUGGAUGGAAGGAGAAAUAGAUGGGAAUGUAGGAAUUUUUCCAUCAAGCUUUGUCAUAGUUGAAGUUGAAUUGCCACCUGACAAAGAUGAAUUUCUAAAUGGUGAUUUUUCUCCCAAGAAUUCAAGUCCAAAACGUGGCAGCCAUAUUAAUACUGCAACGGCUAAGAUUCAGUGGAAAGUAGGAAUGAAAGGUAGAGCACUGUUUCACUUUUCAGCAUUGUAUUCAGGAGAUUUAGAGUUAAAUGAGGGAGAUGUUGUUACAGUUCUUCAUGUGGAUGGUGACAAUUGGAUAGAGGGUCAGCUAGCUAAUCGCAUAUCUGGAUCAUGCCCUGCAGCAUACCUGGAGCCUGUAAUCAGUAAAAGCAAUUCACCCGAAAAUCACUGGAAUUUCAAGACUCGAAAAUUUACAUCUUGGGAAGAUUUUUCUGGUUCUCCUCACGUUAUGUCUAAUUCUGUUAAUACUAGUGAAAUGUCAAAAAGUUCCAGUCAAGUUUCAUUUAGUCAACAGGGUUAUGAUAUUUUUGACCCUUUGACGAAAGCAGAAUACAGUGACAGGUCUCUUUUGGACUCAUCAUUUACACAGGAUCUAACUCCUAUACUUAUGCCUUGGAAUAAGUCAGCUCAGGAGUCUAAAGAGGUUGGAAAAACUGAAUUUUUGGUGAAACAACCAGCACCCAAGUCCAGGACUCUAGAAAGAUAUUCUGUUACUUAUUUAGGCAAUAUGGAGGGAAAAAACCUUUCUAUAAAACAUGAUAAAACCAGCAGCAGUCCUUCUUAUUCGGCAGAGUCACUGACAUGGGGAACUACACCUCUUAGGAGCAGCUAUGCAUCAAAUUCAAAAGUAGCUAGUGCUUAUAAUGGGCUGUCUGGUCAGUCCACUGUAAUAGAUCAAGGUCCAUCAUUAGAGCCUUAUCAUCAGGGUUCUGUAGGAACUUGGCCAAGCAAAAGAUCAGGGAUUCAUGCUGGAUGCACAUCCAGUGUCCAAGGGAACUUUGUUGAUGAUCUUUUAUCAGGUAACUGUACCUCUUUGCCUCCUCCCCUGAUACCUGGCCUGCAAGGUGUAAUAGAUGAUGAUAACAUUGAUUCCAGCGCAUCUGAGGAUUCUCCGAUUACACCAAGGAGGCCAGCCCCUCCACCACCCAAACGAAAGGACAGUGGAAAUGCUGUACGCAGUAGAACACUACCAGCUAGAAGAUCAAAGGACACUGGACAAGGCCACUUCAACUGGGAUGCUCUACCAUCAGGCAGAGAAGAUAUGAAAACAACUGUCAAUCCUACUGCUUCCCCUAAAGGAUCCCCGAAGAUGGGAGUGGCAGGUGUUGCAAGGCAGAGGCCACAAUCCAAGCCACAAUCUUUGGUUGACAAAAAUGUAGACACUGAUGUUUAUGUAGAGAAGGUACAUACACUAAAUAGUUUGACUACGGUACUUUGGGAAGUUAAUGUUUUUGUUAAAUAGCUUAUUGCUCUGACAUUAUUUUGAGCCACUGCUUGCUCUUAUUCUUUGAUUGAAGGCCACAUGGUAGCAUCUAAUUUCAUCUGACUGUAUCUCCAAUGUUCUUGUUAGGGAAAACCCAAGGCUCUGAGGAAAACAAAACUAAUUUUUUCUCCUCAGGAGCAGACAUGUACGUUAUUUUCUUGGAACAAUAUUGAAUAAAGACUAGUGUAAUGCAGCAGGAGAGUUCUUGAACUGCAACUGUCAGAACUGUAUAAAUGUCAGGCUACUAUACAUUAAUUUUACAUGUGUAUGUAAUUGAAAUCCUGAAAUCCCAGUUGUUCUCAGUGUACCUCAGAUGAUGAUGUCUUAGACCCAAGAACUGGCUCAAUUUCUUCACUCUUUAUAUUGCGCACAUACUGUAGGUGAAAAAAAAAAUGUAUGUGCUCAAGUUUCUAAAAUUGAGACAUGUACAAUUUUAAUCAUGGUGGAACAUUUAAUACAUAUACAUAUUUUUUUCUAAAUUAUUAUAAUGAUUUUAGAGUCCUCGCAGGCCAAGACAUUCAAGCAGCCUAGAGCAGAUAAGACAGUCCCCAAGUCAAAGCACUGUAGCUGCAGUUAUUGAUAGUGAUGCUCAUGGUGCUGAAUGGGCUGGAAACAAGGGUAUGUACCAUGUAUAACUUCUGCCCACUCUACAGUUCCUAGUUUUUUUAAAUGAAGAGACUCCAUGUUGCCAUGUGUCUGUUCAGUAAUAGAUCAUGGAUGACAUCACGGCUUUCAUGGAAUCUAAAUUCAUUUUAUACAAAGUCACCAAAAGACAAAACAAUGACAUGUACUUGCCUUGUACCUCACCUCAUAAUGUUUUUUCUUUUGAGGCCUUAACCUGCUUAAUCCAAAAUAAUGAUACCGGUAGACAAUUUGUUUUCUUCAGGCUUGGUUGGUGGUGCCUGCUGUGGAUUGCCUACCGUCUUUCAGUCUUCCGCAAGAUAAUCUUAACCCCUUCCCAGUCACUCUUAAAAAUAUUCGUGGCUAAAUCAAUACAUGUAAUUGUGUAAAUGUUACUGCUGAGUAUGUAACAGUUCACUCUGCUGAUAUGCAUCUUGAAUCAUUACUGUUGUUAGAAAAUUCAUUUGAUGAAGUUGAUGGCCCCAGAUUAGCUUCCCUGCAGAAAAGGAUCAAAGAAACAGAACAAAAUCUUAAGGUAAGUAUCAUCUGCCAAUUAAGAAAGUUCUUACGGACAUGCUGAUGUAUAUAUACAUGUAGAAAAUUGGUAGUGAAGGGCAGUUUUUACAUAUUCACCAUGGCCCUGGGAAAAAAGAGAAGUUCAGAGAUCAUAUUGACCCCACACAGCAUCUUUUUUCAAUGCUGCGUGAGGUAAUUAAGUGAAUAUGUGAUCCUCACAGUUGAAUAAUUAACAACCUAACGGUUGAAACAGAACCUAAAAAAAUUCAGGCUUGACCUGGAAUCAUUCCUGACCAUGACUUUGAGAUGACAUGAUGCAAUGUUCUAUAAAAUGACCUGUAAAUGCAACACUACUUGCAGUGUUCAAGGUAGUGUAUGAGGUAUUUCCUUGACAAUCUGUGGUUACAAUGUACCAAUCUCAUACUUUACAGAAAGAGAUGAAUGUACAUACUGGAUUCAAGUCUAUUGCUCAGGUAUUGAUUGUUUAGAAAAUUUGCUGAUGUAUGGCCUACAAACUCUGUAUUACUGUUAAUGUUAUAAUUUAGUUUUUAAUCCUUAGUUGAAUCUUUAGUUUCCACUCAUGACAUGUAGCAAAAUGAGAAAAACCUAGGAAUAAUUAAACUUAGCCUGUUCCAGGUAUACAGGUGGUAGGGAUGGUGCAACAAGAAGUGACCUGGAUAAAAGAGCCAGAGGGUUGUGUUUGGGGGUGGGGAGUGGGGGGGCCUUCACUUCACCCCACUCUCCACUAUCUGAAUGCCUUGAACAGGUAAAAAAAAAAAGUUGAACCAAAAGAAAAACUCAUCAUACAACAGACACAACUUGACGGGGAGUUCAGGCUCUGGUUUUGGAGUAUAAUUUGUGCUGGAUUUUGGGUGGGUUUUCAAAGGAGUUAUUAGGGACCUUAAGAUCCGAGGACGGUGAUGGCGGAGAAAGCGUCGCUGAAAAAGUGAAUUCUUGUUCUUUCAAUCUUCAUCGCAAUUACCCCAAGUCACUAACUUUGUCAAAUGUAGGCGAACCCUUCUAAAGUCGAAUUCCUAAGAACCAUAUCCAAGUUCAGAAGGAGAGAGGAAAUUUCAUCGUUGCUUGUGUACUUCCUCUGUACAACGUGAAAUUAGGCAUUUUCGCAUCGUAGUCGUGCAGUGACGGCAAAAAAAUGUAGAAUAAAGCGUGAUGCAUGUGCAAAAUUGUUAUUUUGCUAAUUAAACCUAUUGUUUAAGUGGCGUUCCCGUUGCCGUCGCCGUCGUCGGAUCUUAAGCUCCCUAUUACCCAGUCUAGGACUCCCUUACAUAAACUCUCUGUCAUUAUGGUGGUGGAUUUCAUGGGUAAGAUCCUAGAACCCCUACAAUUGCUUAUUGUCAUGUACACUGUGUUUUCUGCGGAGCUCAGCCUUUAUUUCAGUCAAUUCUAUGCUCAAUGCAAGUGCCAAGACAGCUUCAAAUUGCAUAUUAAUUUACGUGCCACCACUUUAAGAAUUAUUUUUUUUCCUUUUUUUUUAUGUCUUAUCAGUAGUUAGUGCUACAUUAGAAAUUGCCUUUUCCUUGAAUUUUUCAUUGCAAUGUCAAUUAAUGAUUUUAGUUAGUGAUGAUGGAUCCUGUAAAGCAGAGGGAAAUGGAAGUCAAAGUGUCACAGAGUCAACAGAAGAUCAAUGAAUGGCAUGAGGAAUUACAACUUCUGCAAGGUUUUGUCCUGUGUUGUUGUUUUCUUAUUAAUUGAUAGCGAAGUGCGCGCAGUGGAGCACCAUGGGUAAGAAAAUGUGGUUAUCUAUGCAUUCAAGGAAUUUUGGUUCUGACAAAAUCAUCUGUAUGUACGUACCUCUACUCCUUCAUGUAAGCAGGUGUGAAAUGGCACACUUACUAGCUAGGAGUCCAAGGCAUAUAUUCUCUUUGCUUAGCUUGGUGUUGCAUCCAUGAUUGUUAGUCAAUUGAAAGCUGUCAGAAAAGAUUAUCCACUGACCAGUGUCACAUGACUGUAUCGAGGGCUUAGGUAUACAACUCUGAAGUGGCAUUUUUUAAAGUUAUUUCCACUGACUAGUUUUUGGUUUCAAUUGAUCGCGGGCUAAGCUCCAUUUUUUUUAAAAGGAAGAAUACAGUUAGCCUUUUGUUUCUGGCAAAAGUUGAAUUACUUAAGAAAGACAUUUCUUAAAAUAUUAUUACGUGCCUCUUAAAAUGGCUUUUAAUCAACGGAACAUAAUGUAAGAACUGAAAUAUUUUUAUGGUGAAAAGAAUUACUUGGCCUUAUACUUUUGAUGCAAGAAUCGAAGAGAAAGAAGACCCUAGAAAUGAUGAGGUUGAAGCUUCGUUUUACUGGGUCACUCAUUUCACAAGAUUUGCAUGACCACUUUUUUUUAAAACUCAUUUUAAAGACCUCACCUGUCAGAAAUUUUUAGUUCCAGCCGGAUAUGUUGAAAUGGCAAAAAAAAUGUUAGAUAGUCAUAAAAUGCAUCCUCGGAGACCCAGGGGCAGAUAGUGGGUGCGAGGGAAAGUCUAAACGGGUGGAAAAAUAUGGCACGAAGAAGAAGAGUAAAGAACGGCGAGUGGAGCCCCUGCGGACAAUGUCUUACCAGACCAAUUCCAAAUGGUUGCCGCUGUUCUGGCGUUCUGCCGUUGGGCAGAAAAAGACAAAAGUUUUCUGGCACCAAUCAGAAGCCAGGACGGUAGCGACCGUUUGGAACUGGUCUGGUAAGACAUUGUCCCCAGGGGCUUUUCUCGUCGUUCUUUACUUUUCUUUGUGUCAUAUUUUUCCGCCCGUUUAGACUUUCCCUCACCCCCACUAUCUGCCCCUGGGUCUCCGAGGAUGCAUAAAAUGUAAGGUCAACCAUUAAUAUUGAAACAAAGACAAAACCGUUACAUGCACAUCCAUGUCUAUGUUUGAUUCAGUUAGAAGAUGGCUUGCCUAAGACUUCGCUCAUUCUUGCUCAAUAGAAAGAUCUACGUGUGCCGGACGACCGGACGGGGUGUUAUUCGAGCUCUGCCCUAACCAGUACUUUUCAUUUCAGAUGAGAAAGUCUUUAUGAUAGAGUCGCAUCGGAAAAAGAUGUUGAGGAACAAAAUAGCUGCUCUUGAGACUGACCUGCAGGUGCAGAUUCAUAUACUUUGCUGUUUGAAUGUUUUCAACUAGUUGUAUCUUUAGUGGCUUUCGCGUCGACUUUAAGUUAGCUCACGAUGGUACUUGUUUUUUUGAUGUCCCAGUUGGCCAAAUUCCAAACAGUUAGAGUUGGACAGUUAUGUGGUACCUCCAUUUUUACAUAUGGAGCAUACUUUUUCUUACUAUAGUUACCUUUUUUUCUUUGAUUUAGAAACAAGCCAGAAGUCAGAGAAGUCUUGAAAUGUUGCUUGGUGUUGUAGAGGAGAACAGAAAGAAAGAAGUCAUGGAGAAUCUUGGAGUUUGUGCAAAAUUAGUGGAAAAAAUCAAAACUGAACUUGCUGGAUUAGAGGGUAUUUAUUACGAUACUGUGAAAUGCGUGACUGUAAUCUAAGUGCAUCUAAGUACUUGCAUUUGUGGUAAAAUUGUAGAUUUUCAUCCCAGAUUCACGGUGUAUUGAUUUAACAAAGGUGCUAUCACAAUUUGAAGUUAGUUUUGGUGCAUUCCAGAAUUGCUUUCAGUUUCAUUUUCUGAUCCGAGUUCGUCCAAUCCAAGUGUGAGCCAGAUCCUUGCCGAUUUAAGACCAAAAUAACUGAUUUGACCAGAAGUAUUGAUAUAAAAUUCUUUAUGGCAGGCUAACUGCAUUGCUUGACUAGACAUAUUCCACCUCGUAGCUUCGUAGUGGUACCUACCCAGAUACGUUGUACAUAAGAGUAACACCUCCACCGCGGGGUUAAAUGUGUUUUUGGGAGGGGGUACAACGGGUGGGAGUAAUGCAGCACAUCCAUAUAGUUGAAUUUCCCUUCGUACACCUCCAUUAUAAUUUGUGGUAACCUCUCUAUUUCGGACAGUUUUUCUUGCUUGUUUCGUAUCGACGCUAACCGAGUAGGAUUACGUAUUUAGGUUUGUUCAUCAGUCAUCUACUGUGCAACCAUUAAUUCAAAUUUUUGUUCGUGUUCAGCUUCUUUGCAGUGCUUAACAGAAAAGCCAGCUGUAUCCAAUCAAAAACACAUGGCUGAGCAGCGACAGAGAGUUGUGAAUGAACUGAUCAAUACAGAGAAAGACUACUGUAAUGACCUAGACCUUUGUGUUAAAUACUUCCUUCAUGAACUUCAAACGAUACAGGUUGGUUUCCUCUAGCAUUCAGUUCUGCUUGUCCAUGAUUAAAGUUUUUGUUUUUUUUUAGAUUUUUGAGUUUACUCGUUCACGUCGUAAAAAAUCGAAUUCAUUACAGCACAAGCUAGAAGGGGGCUUUAAAAAUAUAUCGGUGGGGGAGGGGGGAGGGUAUAGCCGGAUGUAUUUAAUUUGUUAACAGGUAGCUGGGCCUAUGACUAAGCCGGCGGGCGGGCGGGACUUGUAAGUAGGCGGGGAAAGGUUACCAGCGGAAGGGUACGAUGGGAGGGAAAAGAAAUAGUAGGAACACACUAAAAUAAACUCCGUUCUUCAAACACCAUGCAGUUACAGAGCGAAUAUACCAUCUUUUUUUUUUUCAUUUUUGUGAGAUAGUAGUAUAGAAAAAAAAGUAAUCUAUAGAUGAGUAUAGAGUGGUGGAGGGGUAGAAAAGAGUUGUUGGGGGGGGGGGGGGGGGGAUGUGUGGUUAGUUCUUUUUGUUUUGGACGGGGGUGUGUGCUGUGGGAAGGGGGGGGGGGGGGGGGGGCGCUUGUAAGUAGCCGGGGAAAGCUUACAAGCGGAAGUUUACGAUGGUCAGGAAAAGACAUUGUAAGAACAACAUAAAUUCAACUCCGCUCUGAAAGCAGCAUGCCGUUGCAGCUGUAAUUUACUUUCGGAAGGCCUGGAAAAAUGCCGUACAGGGACUAGGCAAGGCCAAGUGCAGAAUGCCAAGCCAUUCCUCACUUAGUCUCCGCCUAUAUCCUAUUAUGAUCUGCCUCCCCAUAAGCAAACCAUUUUUUUGAUUUUUCUUUUGGUUUGGCUCUGUUUUACUUGUUUGUUUGUCUGUAGAUGAAUCUGUGUUUCUGUUUCGUGCAGGUAAAGGAUCUCGAUUGUGAAGCUUUGUUUGGAAACAUUGAAAGUGUUCUGGAGACAUCACGGAAACUGUUGAAAGGCUUACAAAAUGCCGUUCAAACCAAGGAGGGGAAAGACCAGGAACUUGGUAAAUAUGACUCAGAAAUGAACGCAUUAUAUAUGGCUAAAGCGUAUCUUUGGGUUAAAUGUAGUCAGUUUGCAAACACUGCAACAUAUUUCACAUUUUACUGUGGUUUAAGAAAUUUGUUUGGUUAGAAGCUGUACAAACUGUUAAUAUUUCCAUUUUAUUUGCCUCAGAUUUACAACUAUAAACUUAGACAAAGAAAAGCAAAAAUCGACGAGCCUUGAUGGAUAAUUUCUUUGUCUUCAUAUAGUCACAAUACUGCUUGUUUAGGUACUAGAGAAGGAUUGUUCAUGAAGUGAUUGUAACAGUUGGGAGAUAAAAAGUUAAGCCUACAGCAAUGUACAAAUUCAUCAAUGUUUUUAAUGGCUGCUUAAAAAAAUUUUAUUUCCCCAGGAAAGUGCUUUGUAGACUUGUCUGAAGAAAUCAAGGAUGUAUAUGCUGUAUACUGUAGGAACCACGAUGAUGCUAUUUCGCUGAUGGAAAAGGUGACAUUGAUAUAUGAUAUGCAAACAGAACUUACGAAAGAUCGAUACUUACAAGAUUUUCCAAACAUGGAAAAGUAGCGAUUUGACCGAUCUACGUAAAGUGUAACCAAGGUUAAGAAAGUUAUGGAAAGAGGAUUUUUUUCUAUCACUCUCUAGUGAACUUUGUGAAGUAAGAGAUUGCCAUUUCCUUUUUUUCUGUAUUUAUUGUAUUUUGUUUAUAUUUGCAGUACGAAGAAAUGCCUGAAAUACAGGAUGAAAUAUUAAAAUGUUUAGAAAAAAUAAGGUAAAUGAUGUCUAAUUAUUAUGUGUUGUAGUCGAGUGAUUUGCACACUUGCCACUGUUUCAAUACUUCCAGUGGUUUUGAAUUGUUUGAUGUGUCGUUGUACAAAAGUUGUUGACCCGGUUGGCUUAAAGACCAUCCAAGCUGCUGUAUCUCUCCCGGCUACAGUACAGUAUAUUAAGGAGGAAAUAGGGGAUGUAUUGGGGAGUUUGGGUGGAAGGAAUGAGGUCAUGAGAGUUACAUCGCCACCGAUGACCCAUUGAGGACCAGUUGAAGAUGUCAUUGGUUGACGUCACAAGUUUGGUCACUGGCGUAUGGGAACGCUUCGGUGGCGGUGGCAUUCGAACAUUGCAUUAAGGAGUUUGGAGGGAAGGAAGAGGCCACGGGAGUGACAUCACUCAUUGAUAACGGAUAGAGAGCCAAUUGAGGAUGUCAUUUGGUGACGCCACAAGCAUGCGCGCUGGCAUAUGAGAACGCUUAGGUGGCAUUCGAGCAGACGUUGUUUGGACAGGGCUUAUUUUCUUAUCACUAAUUACAGUUUCCCCUUGCGAUACCAUAACCUUUUUUAGUGCUCUUGGUCCCAAAGAUACUCAAUUUUGCUUCUACCUCUAUAUCACAGACAGUUCUGCAAGCGACCACUUGUGUCUUUGCCCCGUCUAUUUCCCUAUCAAGGGGGUAGACUUUUGUAGGUUGGUCCCUUCACAGCGUACAAAAAGGACGCAAAGACUAGAGGACGUCCACCCGUUUUGGAAGGCUAGGAGUCUUUAAACAACGAACUCCUUUAGGCUUCUUCGUGACUAUUGUAUUUUUUGUGUUAGUUUUAUCUUAUCUUCCUUUUUUUUUUAGAGAACAUACUCGCUGUUGGGACUUGUCAUCUUUUCUUAUCAAACCCGUACAGAGAGUCCUUAAAUACCCGCUCUUGUUAAAUGAACUCCUAAAGGUAUACUCUUGUUUGUAGUGUAGCAUGGUCAUGUUUAUGUAUUUUUAUCGAGGCUAUUGACAUCCUUCUCCAUUCUAGUCUGCAUGGCAGGCGUUUAAAGGAAAAGGGGGAGAGGUCAUUCGGCGGCGUAAGAGUGCAGGCACGCAGGCUAUGUUCAUUUCCUAGCGCCAUUUGCUAAUAUAACCGCAUGUGUGUAGUUGUUUAUUCAGUUUGGCCCUUACGAGGGUAGGUGCCCAGCUUUUGAUAUGAACGAAAAUGCCUUUUAGUUUUAUCCCUUACAAAUAAAACUUAGUUUUACUAACUAAGGUUGCAAGUAACCUCGUUUUGAAAGCCAGGGUUUUAAAACUCCAAAAAUAGCCUAUUAUUUAGAUACCUGUAUGACUAAAUCUAUCACUACUAUGAGCUACAAACAACUUUUUUUUCAUGUGUUCCCUUUUAUAGUAUACUCCUGAAAUACAUCGUGAUAAGUACAACUUACUGCAAGGGAUCACAGUAAUGACGGAUGUGGCUAAUGCAAUCAACGAGUUUAAACGGAGAAAGGAUCUCGGUAAGUUUGUGUUCGAGUUAUAGUAUACUGAGUGAAUAGCAUAGUGUAGCUAUUGUUUCACGUGAGACUGAUUGAUCAUUGUAACUUUAUGGAAGUGUGUCUUUUACUAGAGUUGGAGACUUACUUGUUUCAUAGCAAGGGUAGUCCGGAUGGUCGCGUUCCAAUUAAGAGGUGUUUUCAAAGCGUCUCCUGUCAUGAAGCCUCUUGCUCAGCGAUCACCCUUGGCUAACUGGAAAUAGAUCGUAAAACAUUUUGCUUGAAUAAAGCACGAGAGAACACAAGACCCAAGGAGACCCACUCUGCUGAGUCUCCCUCGCAGCCGUUUUUGUCUCGUCACGCAAGGCUUCUCCCCAAUGUUAGGGAGGAACGUUGCGUGACGAGAUAAGAACAGCUGUGAGGGAGACUGACUCGGCCGUAGUCUGAAAUGUUACCCGUCUCCACCCUCUAACCUGAGGCAGGGAGGGGUGGGGGCGUCUCCGGAUUGGGGGCUAGGACGGCUAAGAAUUCAGACUAACACGGUCGAAGUUUGACCUGAUUUUUUUAUCUGAUUCUGAUGUCGACUUACGCUCUGCUUUCAACAGUUGUCAAGUACAAAAAAGUUGAAGAGAGUGGUCUUACAAACAAGAUACAGAAGCUAAGCUGGCAUUCAGUGGUGAAGAAAGGCACUCGAAUUAAUCAGAAACUAACACAACUUACAGGGCUCGUGGCACAGGUUAAUUUACUUACUGAUUCGUACUAUGUGCUUUUCAUCAGUUCUUAAGUGGAGCCAAUUAACGUCUUACAUCGACUAGUUUUAAUUUAGUUUUCGUAUGGCUUAGUAACCUCCAUAUCAAUUGGGAAAAAAAAUUCUACAUUUGUUAAGGUAUUCUAGCUUGAAGUGACCGUUAAACCAGAUGAUAACGUACUCUGUACAUACGUUCUGAUGUAUGGGAUCUUCCGAUAGUUUGGAUUCAUUAAUUAAUUAAAUGGAACUAACGCUACAGUAAACUAAAGUGUCAUUUUCAAACAACUAAAUGUUACGCUGCUAAACAAUUGGUUGUUAAGUAGAUCAUUAUAAAGCAAUUGUUGAAUGACGCUGAGUAGAAUAACACCCUUGGAGACUUCACUUGCUUAAUCCCUCUCAAUCGUUAUCUCGAUAAUAUUUUGGCGGAGAAAUAUUUCCAAAUUUUGGGCGGGUAGCUUUUGUGUAAAGCGGAUCUAACUUGCUCAUAAAUCAUUGUCUCUCAAGCACCACAAGGAAUAGUCUCAUCAGAAAGGUUCAAGUUUAUUUGGAUAAGUACGCUUGAUUGUUUUAACAUCUGCAGACUGUCGACGAAAAAUUCAUCGAAGAGGAGAAAAAGUUCCGUGGAGUCGAGAAAACCGUGAAAGCACUUUGGAAAAACGUAUCAACUUACUUGGAGGAAUUUGAGGUAACUUUGUGAAGUCACAACCUGACCAAAAACUCUUCGCUUAUAUAGUACGACAAAAAAAAUUUUGAGCCAUACAAGGGAAGGUUAGAAGUUCUAAGCGAGUAUCACUAUGUUUCUGACCAGCACUACCUCAAAACUGCAUUGAUUGUAGCUAAUCGCAAACAUACGAAAAACUUCAAAAUAUUUAUGAUGAAUACUAGCAUUUUCAACCGUUUUUUAUCGCAGGAGACCAUGGAGUUCCGCCAGGCUUUAGGGGACAAUAUUAAUGACUUCUACCAAGAUGCUGCAACGUGUUCAGAGGUGUCCACUUAUUAUAGGACACACAAGACGAUUGGGGAGACUAUUCUAAGCAGAUUUGUAAGUUUAAAUGAUAUAAUUCUCUAUAGCCAACUAAUGAACGCAUAGACGAGUGAGAGUGCGACCACUGUUGACCUCAAACUCGUCUUCGCAACGACAAGUUGACAGCACUUUGUGAAAAAAUGCUGGGAGCGAGGUUGCUCGUACGCUUGCAACCAUGGGGCUAAUUGGGUCCAGGGUAGAGUGUCCACUUACAGAAGGUCACUCUGACUGGCUCAAUCGGAAAAGGCAAAAAAAAGGACAAUUAACUAAUUUGCGGAUUUUUGUCGUGAUUUGUUUGAGUGUUCGCUUAAGAGAUGUUAUUCAGGAGUUAAAGCAAAGACGUUUUUUGAGCGGCGCACAUCAACCGGAAGUGGUCUCUUUUGCAUUCUUUGGCAGUGGUUUUGCCCAUUUUGGCGGCAAUUGUCUCUAUAAACGUAAAAACACUUAGAUGUACACAUUUGGUCGCGUCAAGUCAUACUAAAAGGAAAAAGGUCUCAGCUUCGGUUAACGUGCGCUGUUCAAAAAGUCUUUGCUUAAACUCCCAAUAUACCCUCUGGUCCCAGGAAAGAAAACGGUGUCAGCUUUUGCGUAGCCUGCGUAGCAAGUGUUUCCGUGCGGUUUCGGAGCAAAGAACGAGGAACGAGAGUCACAGACCGCGUGAAUGAAAUGACGAGAGUAAAAGAGCGGGGAGGGGGUGGGGAAGAAAGGUUAUCCUUCCUUUCCCCCUCCCCCUUCUUUCAAUUUUUUGGCUCUCUUUCCAUUUCUCGAACGGCCAAUACCGAAAAUCCCGUUCCUCGGUCUUUCUUUGCUCCGAAACCGAACGGAAACGCUUGCUACGCAAGCUAGCCUCUGCGUGAGAUUACAAUACCCAAUCUUUCUUUCUUCAUGAGUACAAAUUAUACUCACUUUACAAUUCACUACAUCAAUUGGCGUUCUGUUUCUUUUCAUUUAACAGAUAGAUAGUGUUCAGUUGCAAGUGCUUUCUCCGCUCAAUUCCUUGCUCAACUUGUUUCAAGGACCGCAGCGCUUAAUUCAAAAGAGAAAUGACAAGUGCUUGGACUACGACAGCUGGUCAAACAAGAUUGACAAGAUAAAGGACAGAGAGAAAUUAAAAGUGGUACAUAUUAGUUGUUGAGAAAUCUUUUAAUGAGCUAACUCAGUGACGUAAUCGUUAAACGUAUAGUUUUAGACCGGAUAAUUGUCCAAACAUUUACAGUACAAAGCAUCCUGCGUUGAACUUUAGAUCAGUGCGUAAAACGUGGACGAGGUUAAUGCCUGGUCAAAAAAAAUAUUUAUUAUAUGACUGAAAAAAGAACUUUUUCUUGCGGGACCCACGCGGGAAGUCCCGAGUGGGCUAGAUAGACCCAUCUUACUAGGUUAACUCUUGGUCAAUAAAAGAUUUAUUAUAUGACCAAAAAGAGAACUUUUUCUUGUUGGACCAACGCGGGAAAUCCCGAGCGGACAAGAUAGACCCAUCUUACUCCGCUCAGGUAGCCAAUCAGAACGAAUGACUGGCGUCAUCUUGCCCGCUCGUGGAUUCAGCCAUGUGAUAAAAAGUGAUAAGCUUUGACGUUUGUUUUGGUUAUUUUGUGUUGUCUUUGUUUUUGACGUUGCUUUUUGGUUUUGUUCUUGCUUUUUUGUUUGUUUGUUUAUUUGUGUGUGGGUUUUCUAACUGUUUAUGUCCUUGUAAAUUUUUAGGCCAAAGAAGAACUGGGGUUUGCCAAGAAAAACUAUGAAGCACUGAACACUCAGCUGUUGGAGGAGAUCCCUGGUUUUACUGAGAAGUGUAUGUCUUUAGUGGUGGACUGUCUCAAGAACUUUGCCAUGGCACAGAACCGAUUAUACUAUGAAAUUCAACAGGAGUACGAGCAGCUAUUACAGGUACCUGUGCUUAUUACAGCAAUUGGGCUAAGGUGCUUGUUUAGGAAAAAAUCGUUGGAACUCGGCCUGUAGCAGCAUAUAUGUGUGAAUACAAUUAAGAGGGUCCUGAGUGUCGGUUUUGGUAAUGGAGGUUUUGCAAUGAUAUUUUCAAAGGAAACGUAAUUUUAUAGAAAACUGAUGGAAACCUCAAGAGUUUAUAGCGUAAGGAUAGUCGUAAGAGUAUGAGACACUAAUAUCAUGGGGUGUAAGCUAUUGGAGGCUAAUAUUAUAUGGACUUGGCUGUUGAUUUACAGUGAUUUUGUUACAAAUAGUUAUGGUGAGUCUUGGGACUCAUCUUGUGAAAAAUCGUGACUCCCAGUUUAAUAAUUCAAAAAGAGUCCAAAAUUGAAACUGCUUGGGCCUUUAUGUAACCAGACAGUUAAUCUGAAGACAGACUCCAAAACUCUGUAUUAAGUACAUGUAUACUGAAAUUGAAAUAAUUUAUUGUCCUUCUAUUUUGAAGCACAACAAAGGCUAAAAGAAAUAUGCAUUGUUAAACGACAGCCAUUUACAACUGCCACAGAAAUAACGCGAACGGGGCGGAUAUUUCUACAAAUACACAUGUUCAGAUCGAUCGAUUAAUCGAUCUUUGCGUCCCACGGGACGCAUCCCCGUGCCAUGAAUUAUUUUGCGCCUUUGGGGAUUUUAAUGCGUCAGGGACACAGGACGCAGAGGUAACAGAAUCACUGGAUUAUUUUCAAAUCCGCAGUCAUACAAUGUAGGAGUCCUUUGACAAGUAACAUUUCACUAUUUCAGCUACCAGUUGUACAGACGGUGGAAGGUGACAUAAUUGAGCACCAUAGCAAGAGAUCUUUACAAGUGAUGGAGCAGUUCUCGGACCUGAGUUUUAUACCGUUGAGUUUUGUAGCAAAGGACAGUUCUCGCAGGAAGAGGCGAUCGCUGAAAACCCCAACGCAACCUUCAAGAGAUCAGGUAAGUCUUGUAGACAGAUUUCCAUUACGCAUUAGGGUUGAAAUAGACCAGUUCGUUUAUGCCAUUGCGAAAUACCACCUAUCGGUAUAUUCCAGUCCGAGCAGUAUUUAGCAUGUUGCUUGAAACUAGGGUACAUUUAUUUGCAAAAUACUGUAUGCGUGCGUUUAGCCGUUGCAUUUUCCCGCUGAAAUAUUUUAUGGUUUUAUCUGCUUAAAACCGCCUCUUGAAUUUGCAAAUGCUAGUGGCUUUUGUCUAAAGGCUACUUUGGAAAAUUCAUCGUGUGUGCUACCGUCCUCCGUGAAAAGUCGCAUAAAAGAGUUUCACGUUGUACUGAUAGUCACCGCAAAGAUAUGCACCAAGAUGCGUCGUGAUCUUCCAUAUAUGUUGUUUUGCUUAUCAAACCUAUCACCUGUUACUCCCUAUAACUGUUUUCCCACUGAAGGUGGAGUUGACUAUGUACACCAUACCUGUGUUUGUUGCUUCUUUCAGGAUACCACAGAAGAUUAUGGGGACAACAAACCCAGCUUGGUGGAUUUCAGCGGUGAUGAAUUUGAAGAGAGAAUGCUAAGGAAGCAAAGACAAGCUCCACCCCCUCCCUCCACGAUUCUCCAGCCAACGCCUGCCCCACGACGGCUAAGCAGUGCAGCAAGGCCUGUAAGUCUUUAGGGCGCAGUUAUUUUAAGGUGUAAGGCAAAAAGUAACUUCUUACCGACAUGUUUGUUUUUGUUGUUGUUGUUGGGUGGUGGUGUGGUCAAUUAGAACCCCGCUCUGUUAUGUUUUCCGCACAUAUGGUGGAAGUGAUUAAUUAAUAAAGUUUUUGCUCGUUUGUUUUUGAGGCCUUUCAUCGUUCUGACCUCAACUGAAAAUUUUGUUGGCGAAAUCUUGGUACUACUUGCAUUCAGGCGUUUACUAUUUUAGACUUUUACCAAUUAACUGUCUCAGGCAAUUUUAACCCCCAAAACUGAAAAAAAAAAAAAAAAAACUUGGAGGACCCUCACUUUUUGUAAGACCCAUUUCAAACACAAACAGCAUGUGCCAAAUUUAGCGGGAAAUAAGGAAAAUUUAUUGUUCUCGCUCAUUUGCUUUUGUUCGGCACAUGAGGUUUGAAGCUGGUCUAACUAAUUCAUAAGCGUUUGCGUGCAGACGAGAUCAGUUUCCACUGCUUAGGUCUGGGUCUGGCUUUUCACUUAGGCUUGUAGCUCACUUGAUGUAGACUCUAUAACAAUAGGUAUAGUAAGAGGUACGGCUGCAUGAAAGCUUCCAUUUCUCCUUCCACUCCCCCUCGGUUUGUCGUUUGACCUGAGUUUGCGGCUCUCCCUAUCUCAUACUUAACGAACCACAAACAAGAAACACACAAAAAAGCCGCCUUCUACGCAGGCCAUCUUUAGUGUCGUCAGAGAGGUCAAGAAAAUUUUUAGACCAACUUUAAAUGUGGAUUUUCUUUCUCAGGGCAAUAGUCAUGCAGGUAGCUCGGACAUGGUAGAAGUAAUUCCGGGCAGAGAAAAGCUCCACAUGGUCGAGUUCAGCUUUGAAGCUCAAAGUACAGGAGAAUUAUCCGUGACUGAAGGAAACCUAGUGUCUGUCCUGCGAUACUCAGAUACCAGCGGUAACCCUGAGUGGUGGCUAAUUCAGUGUAAUGGUGCCACUGGUUAUGUGCCACAAAGUUACCUUUCUCCGCUGGAAGACGCUGCUGAUAGUAGCGAAGGAGGUGCAAGUAUUACUGACAAUGCCUUCGAAGAUGAUAGCGUUAUUAGCAAUGAAACGAGUCAGAUGGUGGCUACGGAAACAGAUCCGGGAGAGGAAUGCAGUGUAGCGUUGACUCGCGAGACUAAUCCUAAAUCAAGCUAUUACGCAGAGUUUGCGUUCGAGGCUAGUAGUGUAGCGGAAUUGAAUCUUGAAGAGGGACAAGCAGUAGUUGUUUUGCAGAAGCAGGAUUUGACGGGCAAUGAAGAAUGGUGGCUUGUGGAGGCGGAUGGACGUAAGGGAUACGUACCUUCCAGCUAUUUAACACCGGUCGAAGAUUAAAAGCGACAGCAAAACAAACAAAGGUUUAGUGGACAUCCAAUCGCUUCUUCACAUGCUAGCCUGGGAAAACAAUCCACAUUUCGCAGCGACGCUACCACUGAUUUCUCUGGCGCAAAAUGAUGUCUGAGGAACAAGCGCAGAAAUUCCAUACUGAUGACGUGUCACUACCCAAAUCUUGUUAGUGCUACCAAUUGGUCUUGCCACUAGGGAAAUUUGCUUCGACCAAUCAGGAGUACUACCCAGAUCUGGGUAGUGACACGUCAUCAGAGUGUGGAAUUCCUGCAGUCAUUCUCGCCGAGACGUAGGUUGUUUACAAUUUGCAAAAAGUUUCCGGAAAACUCGGUUGGGAAGUAAAUGGAACACGCCUCUUUGGAUCACUCCGGGAGGAAAACAUUUGGGAGCAAAGAAACAUCUGAAAAGGUGGCCCUGUUUUUCCGAACGGAAUGCUCCAAACGGAAAUUUGUGUUCCAGUUCUUCAAAGUGGUUGAUACUAGUUACGCGGUUUCUUGGCCAUUGUUUGGUAAAUGGAACUGAUUUGUACAAAUGGUAAACGCGAUUCCGGGACGAAGCAUUAAACCAAAAUUCCGGUUUGAAAUUUCGGAAAUUUCACGUGUCCAAUCGAAAGGUAUUCCGGUUGCCCAGACCUGGCACAAGCCACCGCGCGUUUGGUUAUUGUUCCUGUAAGCAGGAUACAAAAGAGCGGUACUGGGGACAACAAUUUUGUCAAAUAGAAUGGGACAUUUCGGUCUGACCGACCAGACCGGUCAAACUGGACCACCUUCAAAGCUGGUCCCGAAUAUCCCGGUCGGACUAAACCGAAACGGUUCGUUCCAUUUGAUGUACCGCCCGAAAUUUCCCGGAAUUUUGGGUUGAAUGGAAAACGCCCUUGAAUUUUUAUUACCAUUUACCCAAACCGUGAACCGACCAGUUUGCUCAUGGAGAUGGUAAACAACCGUAGUUUCGCGAGGAAACCAUUGAUGGCGUCGCGAAAUAUCGCCUGUUCCUUUGGCUCAGGCUGGUCAGUUAAAGAGACUACAGAAUAGAACUAUUUUGAAUUCCAAUCAAACAUAAUCACAACCGAUUGCUCCGCAACUCUCUUUUAUUUCUAAUAGGGUAGGAAAUGCAAAAGUAGUCUUAUAGCGCUACCCGAAUGUUUUAAUAAACACGUAUAACUAUGUUACUUUUUUUAAGUUUGCUGUUUCGUAACUUGCAAUAAGAAAUCAUUUGAAGCCUUGAGUCUUGCCUCCGCUAGUAGCGGCAUGGCUUGCUUCAACGGUGCGCUUUAUCUGUGUAGAAUUCUAUUCAUAAAUUAUUUCAUGAUGUAGAUAUCUUUCUCUGUGCUUCUUUUAUAUGCUUAUUUCAUGAUGUAGAUAUCAAUAUGUAGAUUUCUUUCUGUGCUACUUUUAUAUUUUAUGCUUAACUGAGGGGCCGUAGGCCGUCUUAAAACUUAAACUGCAACGAGGAUUGAGGUGGUAACCUUGAUUUCAGUUAAAAAGCAAAGACAAUGUUUUAGAGUACAGUAGCUUCCAUUUGCACUCAGUGCAGCCGGAAUGAAUUCUAGCCUGCUAAUACAUCCGUCUUUCCUCGCUCCUCGCCGCCAGACGUUUCUCCUGGCAAGACGUCCACAUUGGCGAGGAGCGAGGACAGACGGCUGUAUUAGGAGCUGAUUAUUUGACUUGUGAGGGGGGUACGGGUGAUUUGGUUUGGGUAAAAAUUAUUUUCCCAAACCUCUGGUGAUAGAUUUUUCUCUGACAUGCAAAGGUGUAACUUUUUUUUUUCAGUAUAGGAUAUUUUUUCCCCAGGUGUUUCCUUGCAAUAAUUUUUUCCCCUCGAAAUCAGUUUGUAGCUAAGGAUAUUUUUGCGGAAAUCACCCAUACUAACCCCCUCCCCUCCCCCACCCCACCUCAAAAGUUAAAUAGUGGGCCCCACAGCAACCUA